CGGGAAACCGGGUCGAACGACCAAAGACGAGGCCCAGUAAAAAAGACCUCAGAAGCAUUGAGGCCAACCCAACGUCGACGCCGACCCCAACGCACACCCUCCAAUUGAAGCCGCAAACCCCCCUCGCUAUGGCGCCCCUCACGAACGCAACCCGCGCCCUAGCGCGGUCGGCCGUCGUCCCGCGCUGCAGCAGCACCGCCGCCUCGGCCGCCCCGAUGGCCCGCGCGCUGAGCACCACGCCGGCCCAGAACGGCUCGUCCUCGUCCACCUUCUCGAGCCCCUUCCGCGGCGAGACGGCCGGCUCCAAGAUCCCCGACUGGUCCAAGUACCUGGCGCCCAAGAGCUCCCAGACGGCCAACCAGGUCUUCUCCUACUUCAUGGUCGGCACCAUGGGCGCCAUCAGCGCCGCCGGUGCCAAGUCUACCGUCCAGGAGUUCCUGGUGAACAUGUCGGCAUCGGCCGACGUCCUGGCCAUGGCCAAGGUCGAGGUCGACCUGAACACGAUCCCCGAAGGCAAGAACGUCAUCAUCAAGUGGCGCGGCAAGCCCGUCUUCAUCCGUCACCGGACCCCGAGCGAGAUCGAGGAGGCGAACAAGGUGGACGUGAAGGCAUUAAGGGACCCCCAGACCGACGACGACCGCGUCCAGAAGCCCGAGUGGCUCGUCAUGCUUGGCGUCUGCACACAUCUGGGCUGUGUCCCCAUCGGCGAGGCUGGCGACUACGGCGGUUGGUUCUGCCCCUGCCACGGAUCGCACUACGACAUUUCUGGCCGUAUAAGGAAGGGGCCUGCUCCCCUGAACCUGGAGAUCCCCGCAUACGACUUCCCGGAGGACGACAAGCUGAUCAUCGGUUAAAGCGGCCCCAUCCCCGAGGUUGUACGAGUACGGAUCCGCGGAGACGGGAGGCUUUUAUAGACAUAAAAAAAGAUGCGCUCAAUGUCCGGUUUUCCCUUUGUUGGUCCCUCAAGAUGCAAAUAUCCCCUUAUCCCGGCGCACAUAGAUUUGGUCAAAAUCCAAUGAAAAGGAGCAGGCAGGUGGUCGGUCUUGUUUAUUCAAAGUCAUGGUUGUCCGGAUCCUCGAAGCGGACGUGCGCGCGUCCACCUUCUUGUUUUGUACAGUGGUGGGCAGGCAUUCCGUCGUCUGCGCCACUUGAAGCGUUUCGGGGGUGGACACUGGACAGGAUGAGAUAUUGCCCCAACAGGAAACCAAACAGCAUGUAAUCUGCCGAUGGAAUCCUCGAGGCGGUUGGGUGUUCCCUGGUUCGAACGCUGUUGGCUGAUCGCCACGUUUGAACUUGUCCGUCAUGUGUGCAAGUUUCCCUCGGCGGGUUGGGCCGUCAAACGUCACGAUGCGAGCGACAGAUGGCAUUUUAAGACCAUGGAUGAACCUAGUGCCUCUAAAUACUCCGAUAAACCCCACGCAUCUCGGGACUAGAAGCUUAGCUAGGUUAGUUGGUUUUUUUUUCUUUCUUCCUUCAGAGUAGUAUAGUAUGGGUUGCCAUUAACCACUCGGAGUAUUUUGUUUCGACAGCCAAUGGAGAUAAAUCAAAAGAGAAGUUCUGCCUGGCGGGCAAAGGGGGCUCGGUUUCUCGGCGAGCGGCAGACGGAUGGUGGCUCGGAUGAGCUGCCAUCCGGUGUUGAACCAUGCAGCGCUGCUUUGAUUUGGGUGGGGAUAGCACACCAUCCCGCCGCGCAAGACGACUUUAUGCGUCAUCUGCCGACAAAAGUUUGGUACAAUGCCACCCGCUAACACACCAACGCGGACGUCGACAGCGUUCCCCCAGGGGGGUGGUCACUGUCUGUUCGUUGGAGCACACUUCUGUUUCCCUCCAUCUCCAUCUUGUACAACAUAACGCCCGGAUGUGUUGGAUCCGUGGGUGAGGGGAGAGGCACAGCACGCCAACCCACACGGCACUGGAACGCUUCACAGCAGUGGUACAGUAGCUAGGGGGUAACAUGGCCAUCUUGAAUGAUUACCCGUGGGGGGGUUGACUGGACACAAUGGAGCGAAGCAUCCUGA